AUGAGGCACGAAGCGCCCAUGCAGGUCGGUGCCCGGGCCGGGGGCGAGGAAGCGGCGGGUGCGAUGGCGUCUGCUCAAGAUUCCAGAUAUGGCCAGAAAGAUACAUCUGACCAGAACUUUGAUUACAUGUUCAAACUGCUCAUCAUUGGCAACAGCAGUGUUGGGAAAACCUCCUUUCUAUUCCGAUAUGCUGAUGAUUCCUUCACUUCUGCAUUUGUGAGCACAGUUGGGAUCGAUUUCAAAGUAAAAACAGUUUUCAAAAAUGAAAAAAGAAUUAAGCUACAGAUCUGGGACACAGCAGGUCAGGAGAGAUACAGAACAAUUACCACGGCUUACUAUCGGGGUGCAAUGGGUUUCAUUUUAAUGUAUGACAUCACAAAUGAAGAAUCCUUCAAUGCUGUGCAGGAUUGGUCCACUCAAAUCAAAACAUACUCUUGGGAUAAUGCCCAGGUUAUUUUGGUGGGUAACAAAUGUGACAUGGAGGAUGAGCGGGUAAUCUUCACUGAGAGAGGAAAACAUUUAGCAGAGCAACUUGGUUUUGAAUUUUUUGAAACAAGUGCCAAGGACAACAUUAAUGUCAAGCAGACAUUUGAGCGACUUGUGGAUAUCAUCUGUGACAAAAUGUCCGAAAGUCUGGAGACAGAUCCCAACAUCACUGCUGGCAAGCAGAACACACGACUAAAGGACAGCCCUCCACCACAGCAACCCAACUGUGGCUGUUAAUGCGGCU